CACACUAACCCAACAGAGAUCAGCCUUCUGCCAUCAGCCUUUGUUUCUCAUCUCCGAGUACGUUCUUCGUUAAGAUAAAAACUAAGAGAGAAAUCUAUUUGUUUCGGUUCGUACAACAGUUGGAAAACUUAUAAUGUGGCUCAGGGAAGAGAUGUAAAGUAUGGUGUUCAUCCACUUGUUGAUUGUAUAUGACUCGCGGUUAGCUGACUAGCUCCACCGGUACACACACACUGACCACAGGACUGGAAGAACACAACCUUCACUAUGAACAGCGAACCCGUAUGACUAAUCAGAAUUUCUGGUUAAUGACUUGAAUCCGGACGGUUGCGUUAUCGACAGUCAGUCAGUGAGCUUUUUUUAUUAUUAUUUUAGGAUAUAGCCUACUUGAUUUUGAUGGCGAGACAAACUUAAACUGAAUCAUGAUUUGGCUAAUGCUAACAUAAAGAGAGGUGAUAAACCAUAAACAAACAAGACUUAACAUGUCUGUUAUUGCGCUUCGUUACAGGAAUUAAAACAAAACUAAUUUGUUUUAGUUUGGAAGUUUGUUUUGUAAAUUUGCACUCCACUUAAUUAAAUAAUACGCUCUUAAAUGUCCUGACUAGAGGAGGAAAUAACGCAACAGUAUUCAGAGACGUCCAUGUGAUGUUCUUAUGGAUUAACGUUACAGCUGUUGUUGAUGUGGAGGACUGUGGGUUUUUGACUUUGAGAAUUGAUACAUCCACAUUUGCAUUUAAGUAGCUUAUAAAAGACUGCCAUAUUCUGUUGGUUGAAGGACAGGUUGCGUAUGAAAUGGACACGAUCAACCAAUACGCUAGCUUUCCUGAAGGAGACCAUAGGAUCUUUUACAGUUCAGAAAGAUCUGGGAGUUUUGAUGAACAUCACGGUAAUGGUGAGGGAUGGAAAGUGGUGGAUGUGACACUCUCUGGGGGAGCACCAUGGGGUUUUACCCUUAGAGGUGGAUUGGAGCACAGUGAGCCUCUUCUUAUAACCAAGGUCGAAGAGGGCAGUAAGGCCGCAACCGCAAGACUGCAGGCUGGAGAUGAACUCAUCAAUAUCAACAACAUUUCUCUCACUGGCUUCAGACAAGAGGCCAUCUGUCUGGUCAAGGGCUCCCACAAGACUCUCAGCUUGGUGGUGAAAAGGAAAAUGAAAAUGGUGGAUAUUGUAGUACAGAAAAUGCCAUCAGAGAGCGACGUGCAUAUGGCCCGGAACUUUCUCACGAAGAUUUUACGAAGUUCCAUGAGAAAGAACCGAUUUAAAGGGAGAAAUGAACCCUUGAGCAGACCUCACUCCUGGCAUGCCACCAAGUUCAACGAGAGCCACUCAGAAGCCAAAACCCAGUCCACACCCUCAGCAGGCUGGCAAACAAGAUAUGAUGCUAGCUCAUUCUCCUCUGAACUCUCAACUGACUGGGAGCAAACAAAUCUACAGAGAGUAUCUGAUCAGUUCAGCUCUUUGGGGAGUAUGGACAGCCUAGAUCAUAGCUCUCAUCCUUAUCCACCUGGCUGUCUUUCCCCAAGCAAAUCCAACAAUAACAGCAUUGAACAUUUGGGUGGUGGUAAACGAGACUCUGCAUACAGCUCCUUUUCUACAAGCUCAGGAACCCCAGAUUACACACUGUCUAAAAGUAACGCUGCAUCCACUGAAAACAUGCUGUACAAAAUUAAUCAGUGGGACUCAAGUGGUAGGCACAGCAAUGGCAGGCAUAGCCAAAACAUAAACGAAGGAAUACGACAAGAUGAGAAGCUCGGAUACUUGCAGCAUCUCUCAAGUACAGGUAGCCAUGAGAUCCCAAGACCCGAAGAACAGCCAGGCACUCGGCAUUCAAGCUCUGGAAGAGUUAGUAUUGGACCUGUCUGGCAUGUCCCAGAUAUGAAGAAAAACAUGGUAUCCUCUACCCCACCUCCCACUCCACCGACACGCAGUGAUAGUUUUGCUGCCACCAAGGUUCAUGAGAAGGGUCUGAUCACAGGCACCUCUGAGGGCCUUGGUGUUCAUGCCCAGUUAAAGCCUCACGUGAAAGCAUUACAAAAGGCUGGAGAAACCUAUGAAAGUGCACAAAGGUCUCACCAAGUCAUAGAGACCGUUCUUGAGGGUCAACGCAAUUUUAACUUGCCAUCCAAAAAUGAUUCUUCAAAUCCUUGCAUUUCAUCCAAUGUCCAUCGUCAUUAUCCCAACCGCAUGUCGUCAGACAAGACAUACUCCCUAUCAACCACAGAUGUCAGAGAUAGACAUCCAUCUUAUGCCCAUGUUCCACACCAUCAUCGUCAGUACAGCGACGAGGGCACUUUCCACGCUCAAACUAGGACAGUGCCAGCACUGAAUCCUCCAUUCAGUGGCUACUUUAGCAGUAUGCAGGAGCUGCCCACAAACAACCACAUGCAACCCAACAGCCAGAAUCAAGCUAGAAGGCCAGCUGCAUCAAUUUGUGGUCCUUUUGGAGUUACCUCCCACCAUGUCACUCAGGGUAUGACACAAGUUUCUUUAGUGAGAGUUGAUGAGUCUAAAGCUUCUGUAGCCUCAGAAAUGUCUCACAGUGGACGGGACAGGAUGUCCAUAGGUUCUCAAGGAGGAACUAAAGACCGCUAUUUCCCUCCUCAGUCACAGCACCAUGAUAUAGAGCAUAAGGACAAUAAUGCUUCCUUCAAACAAAGUGACAACCACAGUCGCAUUUUCUCUGCUCCAUGUAAUCCCUUGAAUAUGCCUGAUUCAACAAAACCUCCUGAGUUGAGGGCUAGCCAAAAGCAACACUAUAUGUCUAGUGCAAAUGAGAAUUCUGGUAGUUAUCCCCAUAGUAAGCAACCUGAGCACAGGAGAAAUUCUGGCCAUCUCCACCUUAAAGAAUACUCACAACAACCUCUUCCAACUAAAAGCGAGUCAAAGAUAUGUCCCCAGAAAACACCUAUGCUGUAUUCUCUGGCCCAUGAGCACAAUGAAAUGGAUGACUGUCAAGAUGAGAUCAACAGUGGAAGUGCACAACAGGAAGCACUUGACAGUCAGAGCGGCAAACAGGCAAGACGGAGUGACCGGUUCGCCACCACCUUGCGCAACGAGAUCCAGAUGAGAAGGGCCCAGCUUCAAAAGAGUCAAAGCGCAGCCACUUUAGAAAGUCCGUUUGAAGCUGUAGAAGAGGCGGCUGUCUGGAAGACUACUACUCCUUCCUCAGAUGGUGGCUUUUCUAGCUCUUAUAAAGACCAUCUGAAAGAAGCCCAGGCCAGAGUCCUCCAGGCUACAUCUUUUAGGCGAAAAGACCUAGAGCCAGUUUUGUUUGAGCAUCCUGGCACCGAGGGUUCUACUUGGAAGGACACACCUCCACUUCCAAGUGUCUCUGAGAUCCCACCUAGCAAAGCCACCUCAGGGAGUAAUCAGGUGCUUCGCAUUGGUGGCCGCAAGCGGUUCUCUGCAGAAAAGAAAGUUCGGUCUUUUUCUGAGCCAGAUAAAAUUCAUGAAGUAGGUGCUGAUGAGCACUCCCCUAUGCCUAACAAUGCUGUACCCUUGGAAAAUCGGCACAUAUUCUUUGAUGCAACAGUAAAAUCAGCUUUCUCUAAACCUAUGCCAAAGCAAAACCUGCAGAAAUCUGAAGACAACAGACUGUCCAAACCUGGAGGCUUGCAUUAUUCUGCAAAGAGUGACACGACCGGGCGGAGUAACAGUGAAAGCUCAACCCCCAUUGAACAUCACCUUAUUGAAGGUCAGGAUGGCCCUCUCUCAGUGAAACAACAAGCCAUGCUAGAACAACAGCGACUUGGUACCUUUGCAGAGUAUGAAGCCAAAUGGAACACCCAGAGGAAGACAUCCGAACCAAGGGUCUCUGGACGAUACCACUCAGCUGAUAACAUCCUUGAUACAGGAAAUGAGGGGAAAAGUAAGCCCACCUGUGUGCAUGAAAGAUCUAGAUCCUCCCCUUCUGCUGACUUCUAUGGACAGAAACUUGCAGUUCAAGAAAAGUCAGCUGACUAUUCCAAACCUGAGAAAAUUCUCUCCGAACAGGAUAAGAAUAGCACAAGCCACUGGUUCUAUACACCCAUCAGGUUUAAUGAAAAAGGAUUCAGUGAACUCGUAUGCAAAGAGAAACCAGAAGCACCUCCUUCAGCUUUGACUGAAGACCUGGAGAAAAAGACUUCAGAUCCUUCAUCCAGUCAUCACAAACCUGCACUGCAUUUCUCUGACCAUAGCACUCAGAGUGAACCAUCAGCCCUCUCCAAAAACAAGAGCUCUGUUCUCUUGCCCCAUCUGGAGAAGUACAAAUGCCCUGAGGGUACACCUCCUCCUCUUAGCAAUUUUCAGGAGCUCCAGCCUGGAUCACAAGGAGGAGUCUUGGCCUCGCUCUCUCCUGUCAACAAUCAAAGCUCCGCCUCGGUUUCAGCCCCCGUUCCCUGGAAAGGGUUGGAGCAUAGCAAAGGGCCAAUCAGGGAGGAGGAGCUUCAACAAGAGCUUGUGCCUCCUCCCUUUCCACCUCCUCCCCCUCCCGUUGUCCUGCCCACCCAACAAACCGCUGGCCCUACCCAGCCCACCAUGGAGGGGCAGCGUUCGCCCUCGCCCCAGUUUGCUCCCCAGAGGCUGACUGACAAGCCCCCCGUCCCUGUCUCCAUACAGGAUGAAGCUCCUGGAAGGAUGGAUCGAGUUAAAGACGAGAACACAACAGUGAAGAAAGUGCCCAUUAAGAUUGUCCACUCAGAAAGUAACACCGGAAAAGAAAGUCGACAAUAUCUCGACCUGCCCAGUGAGACCCCUGUCAGCUCGCAAGAACCUGGAGUAACACAUCUUCAGAGCUUGGGGAACCCGGAUCAGUCAUACUCUCUGUUCUGUACAUACACCAGGCAAAAGGACCAGGGGCCAGAAACAAGAGACGCAGAUAUGGGCCUUCUAAAAGACCAAGGGCCACAAACCAAUGCGAACCCGGUAUUCUAUGAGCAGACGAGCCCUUCGUUAGAUCAAAGCAACAACGGAUUGUCUUCACAUCACUUGCAUUCAGAGGAUGAUGAAAAAACAAAGGAGCUGGCUAGAGACAUAAUGGUUAAGGACAAGUCCCUAGUGGACAUUUUAGACCAGAGUAAGAUGAAGACCACUAUGGAUCUGAUGGAAGGUAUUUUCCCUCAGGGAGAGCUGCUACUGGAGGAGGCCCAACAGCGCAGGAAAGCUGCACCUAAACUGCAAUCCCCUCGUAACUCUGUGGAGAAGAAGGAAGACGACAGCCUGGUAGUGGCUACUGCUUUAGGGACUAAUUCAACCUACUACAGUACAUCUGCACCCAAAGCAGAGCUGCUGAUUAAGAUGAAGGACAUGCAGGAACAGAGUGAGGAACACGACUCAGAAGAGGAGUUGGAGGAAGACAAUGAAAGUGAUCUUGCCAACAAGAAGCAUGAGUUGAUUGACAGCCUCAGCAAAAAGUUGCAGGUGCUGAGGGAAGCUCAGGAGAGUCUGCAGGAGGACGUGCAGGACAACAACGCUCUUGGGGAAGAUGUGGAGGCCAUCGUACAAGGCGUCUGCAAGCCCAAUGAACUCGACAAGUUCCGCAUGUUCGUCGGUGAUCUCGAUAAAGUGGUCAACCUUCUGCUGUCUCUGUCUGGACGUCUGGCCAGAGUAGAGAAUGCCCUAAACAGUCUGGAGGAAGAUGCUUCACAGGACGAGAGGCGUACUCUGACAGAGAAACGCAAACUGCUGAUCCGUCAACAUGAGGACGCCAAGGAGCUGAAGGAGAACCUUGACAGGAGAGAGCGUGUGGUCUACGACAUCUUGGCCAGCUACCUGCCAGAGGAGAGUAUGACUGAUUAUGAGCAUUUUGUGAAAAUGAAAUCUGCCCUUAUUAUUGAGCAACGCAAGCUCGAGGACAAGAUUAAACUGGGGGAGGAGCAGCUCAACGGUCUAAUGGACAGUCUCCCAUCAAUGGACCACAGGACAACCAACUGAGGACUUGAUGGAGUGAUUCAUGCAGUAAUCCACAGCAACUCGUUUGACGUCACCCUAAAUAACAGGGUGCCAGUACUUAAUGUCGAUUUACUGCCAAUAGAAUUGCAUUCUGGUCAUAUAUUGAGUGCUCUUUGUCUGACCCAGCAGAGAGCGUUUUGGAAAGACUCAUGAAGACCCUGAAAGUGCUGGGCACUUUUAGAGCAUGAUUUGACCCAAGCUGAUUUUACAAAGCACACUGCGGUUGUUACCUUUUUUUAGUGUCAGCUGAUUUUAUGCUUUCAUGACCUUUCAAUGUUAUACGACCCAUAGAAUUAUAUGGUGAAAUAAUAAUAUUUUUUAAAGACACUUUAAUUUUACCCCCACAACUGUUUAGAUAGAUCUUGCCCCUUUUUGCGCCCUAGGUAAAAACAUGCCAUGGUCACUCAGUGUGCUGUAUCUUUUUGACCACUAGAGGGUGAUGAAAGACAACUUAAAGUGUAUGUGCCUGAAGCCUGGCAUAAAUUCAUUCAUCACCCAAGCGUUGCACAUGUAAGCUGUGUUGCUAUUUUCAUCGGGAGGCUGUAAUUAACUUCCAAAACUGACUUUUGGGGGGUUCAUUAUUUCAAAUGACAUGUCACUAUCCUGAUUAUGUUAAAAAAUAAUUCAGUGAUAUUUGUAGUAAUUUAUUUUAGCCUUUUGAAUCUUUGUAUAUAACUAGAAUAGGCUAGUAUUGUACUCUCGCUUUAUUUUAGCCAAGCAAACUACCACUUUAGUCUGCACGCUUUUUAGAGGCUGUAUAUCACCAUAAAAUGCAUUGUAACACCAGAAUUAGGAUUGACUGAAAGUAUUCUAUUGUUUAAAGAAUCGAAGAGACUUGCCUAAACUAUAUAAUAUCAUUUCACUAAGGAUUAAGUGCUUGUCUAUAAAAUACCAGCUGCCUUUUGCUUCAA